AUGGCCGACACGUUGCUGGCUGUUGCCUCUGUCUCCCUGGCUGAGGGGUAUUUCCUGCAGCGCUCCAUCUUGAACGAGCAUUCUUUCCAAUCAGUCUGCCUAGGGGUGUUGGGUGUUAAUUUGGCCCUGAAAAUAUUCUGGAAUCUGAUCAUCUACCCUUUCUUCAUCACCGCAAAUCGUCAUCUGCCAACCGUCAAGGGGAGCUUUGUAAACGGUAAAAUCAUCUUUGACAACCCGCGUGGUCGUCUCCCCUUGCAAUGGAUGAAAACAAUCCCCAACGAAGGCCUGAUUCAUUUCCGAGAUGUGCUCAACCGCAGCCACCUAUUGCCUACCAAUCACCAGGCUCUUUUGGAUAUCAUGAGCACCAACACGUACGACUUCGAGAAACCAUGGCGCGCACGCGAGUUCCUUGCUCGGAUCAUUGGCUUCGGCUUGAUCUUGUCUGAGGGCGCCGCGCAUAAGAAGCAGCGCAAGGCCUUGACUCCUGCCUUCAACAUCAAGAACAUUCGCUCAUUGUAUUCCUUGAUGUGGGAGAAGACUGGCCUCUUCCUCCAUGAACUGGAGAAGGAGAUUCGGCACAAUCCAAUGGAAGGAACAAGUCCGGAGGACGGUGUGGGCAAGGUCGAAAUGAGCGUCUGGGCGAGUCGUCUCACUCUCGAUAUCAUCGGUCCGGCGGCCAUGGGUAGAGACUUUCGCUCUCUGCACAACCCAGAAAACAAGGUUGCCGAUAGCUUCCUUGCUAUUCUGGAACCAACCAAGGAGAAGAUGGCCUUCCUCGCCAUCAACUUUAUUCUUCCGCAAUGGUUUGCACGAAGACUACCCUGGCGCCUGAACAAGGUGAUUGACACCGAAACCGGCUUUCUGCGUGAUCUAUGUAAGGACAUUGUUCGUGAGAAGAAGAAGAUUAUCGCUUCCAGCAAUAUCACGGCCAAGGAGAUGGAGGCAGACAUCCUGGGAACCAUGAUGGUGGGUGGGGAUUUUACGGACGACGAACUGGUGGAUCAAAUGCUGACCUUUCUGGCGGCUGGUCAUGAGACGACCGCCAGCGCACUCACCUGGGCCUGCUACCUUCUCACCCUCAACCCCGGCGUUCAAGAGCGUCUGCGCGCGGAGGUUCGUGAGCGGAUUCCGUCUGGUGACCAUCCUAUCGCCUGGAGCGAUCUCGAAUCAAUGCCUCUACUCAACGGUGUUUGCCAGGAAGUCCUGCGUCUAUAUCCCACCGUCCCCAUCACGCUCCGCGAAGCCGUCCGCGAUACCACCGUAGCGGGCAAGCACGUUCCCAAGGGUACUCGCAUCAUCAUCUGUCCGUACGCCAUCAACCGCAGUCCUGAAUUCUGGGGGGAUAAUGGGGAAGAGUUCGUGCCAGAACGCUGGAUCGAUACUGACAAGAACGGCCAGACGGUCGUCAACCACAAUGGUGGUGCUUCGACAAACUUUGCUCAAAUCACUUUCUUGCAUGGCCAGCGGUCCUGCAUCGGAAAGGAUUUUGCUAGAGCCGAAUUGCGCUGUGCGGUCGCUGGUGUUGUCGGACGGUUCAAGUUUGAGAUGCAGGAUCCUAAGCAAGAAAUCCAUAUUGCCGGCGCUGUGACGACAAAGCCAGUGGAGGGAAUGCAUUUGGCAAUGAGCCGGGUGGAUGAAUGGUGA